AUGGUAACGCAGCCUGCGACUGCUGCGUCUGGGCAGGAGCCUGCCACUGAGGCGGUGUUGGAUAUUGUGCCAGAGAAGUCUGAGAGGGCGGCGACUGAUACUGCACCGAUGGCUGGGACUGCGUUUGAUACUGAGCCUGUGGCUGGGGUUGUAGCUGAUACUUCCCCUGAGUCAGAUAAUGAGGUCCCGGAAUGGAGCUCUGGGGUACUAUGGGAGUACUGGGGUGCUCCUGUCCGAGCAUGCCAAAUGCAGCUGCUGAAGGGGAAGCUGUUCCCUGCUGGUGGUGUGAGGGUGGAAAUCUCCGCCCUCCUCAUUCCAAGUAACCACGCGAUUGCGAAGCACUGCGUUAACUCACGAAUAUCUGCCCUUUCACAUGCCUUAAUUGUUUGUUAUUCGGCAAACCAGUGGACCUACCCUGCGUUGAAUGAUCAAGCACGUAUCCGGAUUCUGAUCGGACGAUGCUGCGUAGCCCACUGGCGCAUCUGCCUCGCCGAGUUCCUCCCUAUAAAAGGUUUAAUACUCCGCUCGUCCCCUGGCAGCCGCGAGGGGGACGGAAGGGAAAAAAAGGGAAACCCAAAUGUCCCAAUUUCUCGUCGCUCCGCCCCCAAAUCCUGGAGGAUGGAUCUGAACCUCUAUUUGGGUCUACCUCGUUCGCCGCCGCCUCGCAGUCGCGAUCUAGGGUCUGAUCUCUCUCUUAACUCGUUGCGCUGGUCGUCUCCUGUUACCACCGUCGAGGAAAGGGGCUCAUCAAUUCCUAUGUCUGGCGCUGUGGAACCUUCGGAGUCUCACCCCGCUUCGUACUCUUCCUCGCACGAGGAGUACAAUCCUGAGCUGCCUGUUGCUCUCCCGGAGGAUAGAGAUGGCACUCCGGAUCCCCCGUACUUACCUCCCUUUGGGCAAUAUUGGCAGUUUGAACUACCCCCUGAACCUGAAGGAGCUGAUGCCUCGUACUCUCCUCCUAUCAUCCAUACCUCACCCGCUGCACAGGAAACUGAAGCGCGUUCAGUCCAGGAUGUCAGCCCCCAAACUCUUUAUGAUCCUACAUCACCGCCGAUAUUCCCACCUGAUGGUGUAGCGUACUUGCAGCCUUAUUUUACUGGCUCGACAAGCUCACAAGGACAUGAAACUGCUACUUUUAGCUUUUAUCCAACACCUUCUUCUCCAAGUAGUGACUUCCUGUCUGUAAAUGGUGGAGUCCCUUCGAGGCCUGAGCCUCUUCGCCCUUCAGAUUCUUGUUUCAGGAGGUUUGUUGAACGGCCAAGCAGACGAUUUCGGUCUACACUUCCACAGGUUAAUGAGAGAUUUAGUUUUGGAUCCCCAUCGAUACCUAAUCCUGAACUGUCAGUGCCUGAUAUAGUCAGCUCCCAAAGACCUCCAGAAUGCAAUGGGAAGCAUAAAUUAAAGACUGAAAACAAAGCAGAAGAUGCUUCAGAAGGAGGAGAAGAGAAAGGAAGAAAUGCUGCUAACUUUGAGUGCAACAUCUGCUUUGAUAUGGCUGCGGAACCUGUUGUUACAUCAUGCGGCCAUUUAUUUUGCUGGCCGUGUUUAUAUCAGUGGUUGCAUGUCCAUUCAGAACAUAAAGAAUGCCCUGUCUGCAAGGGAGAGGUAAAUGAAUCAAAUGUCACACCUAUUUAUGGUAGGGGGAAUUCACAACCAAAUGUUGAGAAGAAAUCUGUGGAAGAUGCAGAAUCUGCUGUUAAAAUACCACCAAGGCCAAGUGGAAAUAGAUUAGAAAGCUUUAGGCAGCAAUUUUGGCCUGUUUCAAGGAGACUGGGUGAGGGGAUUGCGGCAACAUGGAGACGCCUCUUUGAUCAGCAUUUCCAUACUGGUAGUAGAUAUGAAUCAUACGCAAACCCAUAUCUCCAAGAAUUGUAUGAAAAUGUUCAACGCAGAGCUUUGAUUAGGCUCAGGCCAAGAAGACUGCAAAGGGAUAUGAAUCCUGAAAGUGGACGGGUAGCUGGAGAUCCUAGUCAGCCUGCAAACAACGUGCCUAGCUCGAAUAGAAGUACAACAGAUUCUAUUUUUCGAGACGGUGUUACUUUUUGGCACCAGUUUAUGCAUGAUCGUGGUGUUGAUCGCUUAGCUUCUAUCGCAGCUGAUUUUGAGAGAGUAGUUGGAAGGUUAACUCGUAAUGCCGGAAAUGGUGCAUCUACAUCAGUUGAUCCUCCAACUACUGAACCUCUCGCUAGCAGGCCUCUAGCAGAAGUAGCAUUGUCUGCUGAUCAGGCCUCUGGUUCUAGCACCAUGGCUGUGAUACAAGGUGAUGUUGUUAUGUCUGAGGCUCCAGCAGAACCUCAAAGUGUGGGAUCGUCUCCGAGCAAUAGGAGGAGAGGUAGAAGCAGCACAUCUGGUUCAUAUGAUGUUGAUGGAGGUGCACUACACUCAUUUAAGAGAAGAAGAUUGAACUAAAUCAUCUUGACUUGUUGUUUAGGCUAGUUCUACUUAUUUUGCCUUUUUGUUAGGCCGUGUGCUUAGAUAAAUCCAAUGGAUUUUAUUUUUAGUUUGUUGUAUAAUGUUUUUCUUAAUCUUAAACUUUAUAAUCAUGGUAUUAUUUGAUCCAA